AUGCGACUCCAACAAGCCGGCAAUACUUCAAGUACAUCUGAAUUAGAAUUGUUUUCUAAUUGGAUAUUAAAAGUUGGCGAUGGGAAAUUGGAAGAACCUAACGAUGGUUACACGGAUAUUCCUAUUCCAAAUGAUUUCUUAAUUUCUAACUAUGAUGAUCCACUAGAAGCCAUUGUUAGUGAAACAUAUCCGAAUUUUCUUAACAAUUACAAGAAUCCAGAAUUUUUGCAAUCAAGAGCUAUAUUGGCAGGAACAAUUGAAACGGUUGACAUCAUAAAUCAAUACGUUUUGGGAUUCAUACCAGGUGAAGAAAAGGAAUAUUUAAGUUCAGAUUCUGUAGACACUUUUGACGGUGAAGGAAAUGAAGCUUUUGAUGUUUUGACCCCGGAAUUUUUGAAUACACUUACAACUUGCGGUCUACCUAACCACAAAAUUAAAUUGAAGAUUGGGACCCCUAUUAUGUUGCUUCGAAACAUUGAUCAACCUGAAGGUCUCUGCAAUGGAACAAGGCUUAUAGUUACAAGUUUGGCAAACCACGUUAUCGAGGCAAAGAUUAUAUCUGGAAAGAAUAUUGGAGGGGUUAUCUAUAUUCCAAGAAUGGAUAUGACUCCAACACAAUCUCCGUGGCCAUUCAAAAUGACUAGAAGGCAAUUUCCCAUAACUAUAUGUUAUGCUAUGACAAUUAACAAAUCUCAAGGUCAGUCAUUGGAUUAUGUUGGAUUGUAUUUGCCUAGAAGUGUAUUUAGUCAUGAUCAACUAUAUGUUGCAAUAUCAAGGGUCAAAAGCAAAAAAGGGCUUAAGAUAUUAAUCCAUGACAAGGAUAACCAUCCAUUGAAUUCUACAACAAACGUCGUGUUCAAAGAAGUUUUUGAAAACUUAUAG